AUGGGCACAGAUAACCAGACGUGGGGGACUGAAUUUAUUCUCCUUGGCCUGUCCAAGGACUGGGGCACUCAGGUGUCACUCUUUGCCAUCUUCUUGGUCAUGUACCUGGCCACAGUGCUGGGCAACGUUCUCAUUGUCCUUCUGAUCAGACUGGACAGCAGACUCCACACGCCCAUGUACUUCUUCCUCACCAACCUGUCCAUCGUGGACGUCUCCUACGCCACGAGCAUAGUCCCUCAGCUGCUGGUGCAUUUGCUUUCGGAACGAAAAGUGAUCCCCUACCUGAGCUGUGCAGCCCAGCUGUUCUUCUCUCUGGGACUGGGUGGGAUCGAGUUUGUAUUACUGGCGGUGAUGGCCUUUGACCGCUAUGUGGCUGUGUGUGACCCUCUGCGAUACUCAGCCAUCAUGCAUGGAGGGCUGUGCGCUAGACUGGCCAUCUCGUCCUGGGUCGGGGGCUCCAUCAACUCUCUCUUGCAUACUAUAAUCACUUUUCAGCUUCCUACGUGCACAAACAAGCUUAUUGACCACAUAUCCUGUGAAACCCUGGCUGUGGUCAGGUUGGCCUGUGUAGACACGUCUUCCAAUGAGGUUGCAAUCAUGGUUUCCAGCAUCGUCCUGUUGAUGACACCGUUCCUCCUGGUCCUCUUGUCUUACAUCCGGAUCAUCUCCACCAUCCUGAAGAUCCAGUCCAGCGAGGGCAGGAGGAAGGCCUUCCACACGUGUGCGUCUCAUCUCACGGUGGUCGCCCUGUGCUAUGGCAUGGCCAUCUUCACCUACAUCCAGCCCCGCUCCAGCCCUUCGGUCCUCCAGGAGAAGCUGAUCUCGCUCUUCUAUGCCGUCUUAACCCCCAUGCUGAACCCCAUGAUCUACAGUGUGAGGAAUAAAGAGGUGAAGGGGGCCUGGCAGAAGCUCUUGGAAAAAUUCACUGGAUUCACAUCAAAGCAGUCAACUUAA